AAUUUGGCACUUUCUGUGACCAGCACUCGAACACCCUACAACGGGCAGAAUACCAUAGCACUAGCAGCCGGUGCGAAGGCCGCUGCAGAGAUUGAAAGAGCAGCAGAACUUGGGGGACGGGAACAUUGUAACGAGCGUGCGACGAGGCCUAGACGGGGCAGAAGUAGACGCUGUGCGGGUACGACGGACGAACUUUUUCGGCCGUCGAAUGGCCCGCUCACGAGAACGUAGCAGGGGCGACUAUACCUACAACCGGCGCGACGACCGCGAUCGCUAUCGUGACCGCGAGCGAGAGCACUAUCGCGAUGACCGUGAGCGCGAUCGAGCUCGUGAUCGCGACCGUGAGCGCGACCGUGAUCGAGACCGUGACCGUGAGCGCGACCGCGACCGGAACCGGGACUGGGACAGAAGAGGGCGAGAUCGAGGCUAUGAUCGAGGCUACGAUCGAGGACGAGUGCGCGAUGGAAAUAUCCGUCGAGGACAGAUGACAGAGCGUGAUCGCUCGCGGGAUUUCCCUCAUUAUGACAGGCGACAGCCAUCCUCGGUGAGAGAUCAGAGCCAUGCUGGGCGUCGUCGUCCAUACGAAGACGACGAUAGGCACGGUAACGACGACAGGCAUCCUAAGCGCAUCCGAACAGCUUCUCCCCGACGCAGCGAGUCUUCCUCGCGACCUGGAACCGCCAAUGAUGAGGCCACGAAGAAUGCACUUCCUGCUGAUGAUGCAAUGAAGAAGGCACAGGCCGAGAAGUUGGCCAAAGUCGAAGCCUGGAAAGCAAAGAAGAGCAAGCAGCCCGCAGCUGAACAAGGUGUUGCGGCGGCGACCAACACUGCUAUGCCGCCGCCUCUGGCCCAACAGACCCUCCCGACGGCCUCAAAUCCUCGCACCAGAUUCGAUACUACGGCGAUGAAAAAGCAGACAGACGACAGGGUACGACGUGGAGGCCCAGCUCUGGCAAUUGAUGCUGCCGUACCAAUCGCUGCGAAAGGCAUCAGUCUGCCGACUACAGGCUCUGGCAUCGUUGACGCCAAGAUCACUGGCUUCGGCUUGAACAAAGCAGCGAACGACAAGCAAAGUGAUAAGCCGGUAGCAAUGAAGGCUGGAAACGCACUUGGCGAGGAAGAGAGCGAACAACGGAUAUUUAAGAAGCUUCCUGACCUCGCUCUCGAAGCCUCAACGAUGACUGGCACCAGCGCUGAAGAUCAUGGAGAUGAUGAUCAUGACGACCUGCGCAGUGAUGAAGAGGAGGUUGAAGCGGCCCGCGAGGCGGCUCAAAAGCGUGCCGAAGAAGCACAGGCAGAACAACACGAUGCCACAAUGGCGGACGCGGAUUCCUCUGGUGAUGCUGCUCCACUUUCCCUGGAGGCUUUGAAUGCGAUGGCCGUAGACGAAGACGUUGACCCGCUUGAUGCUUUCAUGAACACCCUGGAAGACCAGCCUCGAUCGCGCGGUCAUGCCCUGCCAAACAAGCGAGAGCCACAGCUUUUCGAUGAAGACGACGGACCUGGUCUCGUGGCCGUUGGCGACGAUCCCGAAGAUCUUCUGAGAGGCGGUGGCAAACGCAACAAGAAGGAGAUCCUGCCCGUCGAUCAUAGCAAGGUUGAGUACGAGGACUUUGCAAAGAACUUCUACCGGGAAUCUGUCGAAGUCGCUGAAAUGACAGAGAAAGAAGUGGCGACGCUCAGGGCCGAGUUGGACAACAUCACCGUUCGAGGCUUGGACCAGCCUAGACCCAUCACCAAGUGGUCGCAAUGUGGCUUCGGCGCUCAGAUUCUGGACGUCAUCAAGGCCAACAAAUUCGAAGCACCCACGUCCAUUCAAUCUCAAGCACUGCCGGCCAUCAUGUCGGGCCGUGAUACCAUAGGCAUUGCGAAGACCGGAUCUGGAAAGACAUUGGCCUUCACCUUACCAAUGUUCCGGCAUAUCAAAGAUCAACGUCCAGUGGCAAACUUGGAAGGACCUAUUGGUCUGAUCAUGGCUCCCACUAGAGAACUGGCUGUACAAAUUCACCGUGAGUGUAAGCCUUACUUGAAAGCACUUAAUCUGCGCGGCGUUUGUGCCUAUGGUGGUGCGCCUAUCAAAGAUCAGAUCGCGGAGCUGAAGCGUGGUGCCGAGGUCGUCGUCUGCACACCUGGACGCCUCAUCGAUCUUCUCGCCGCAAAUCAAGGACGUGUGACGAACUUGCGACGUGUGACAUAUGUGGUGCUCGACGAGGCCGAUCGCAUGUUUGACAUGGGAUUCGAACCACAGAUUCAACGAGUUCUGGGCAAUGUACGACCAGAUCGUCAAACCGUACUCUUCUCGGCAACGUUUCCGAAGAAGAUGGAAUCCCUUGCACGCAAGGCACUGAACAAGCCCAUCGAAAUCCUGGUCGGUGGUCGCAGUGUGGUCGCAGCAGAAAUCACCCAGAUCGUCGAAGUCAGAUCGGAAGACACCAAGUUCCGCCGUGUGCUUGAGCUUCUUGGCAAUUUGCACGAAGGUGACGAAGAUGCUCGAUCUCUGAUAUUCGUGGAAAGGCAAGAGACUUCCGACCACCUUUUCAAAGAACUGAACAAGAAGGGCUAUUCGAGCGUGUCUGUGCAUGGAGGUCGAGAGCAAAUUGACCGCGACGCAGCGAUCUUGGACUUCAAGGCGGGUGCCGUCCCCAUCAUGGUUGCGACAUCCGUGGCCGCCAGAGGCCUUGAUGUCAAGCAACUGAAACUGGUCAUCAACUACGACUCACCGAAUCAUGGCGAAGAUUACGUUCACCGUGCUGGUCGGACCGGUCGUGCUGGCAAUACUGGCACUGCCGUCACCUUUGUAACACCCGAGCAGGAGCACUUUGCUCCCUUCCUGGUCCGUUGUCUCGAAGACAGCAAGCAAGAUGUGCCCGAGACGCUCAAAGAGAUGGCGGCUUCGCACAAAAGGAAGGUCGAAGCCGGUCAGGCCAGCAAGGUCGGCUCUGGCUUCGGCGGACAUGGCAUUGAGAGGCUUGACGCCGCUCGUGCGGCCGAGCGAGCGAGGGAGAAGAACAUGUACAAGACUGGCGACGAUGCGGAAGAAGAGGAUGAUGGCAAGAAGGAGAAGGACAAGAAGGGAAGCGAGGUGGAGAGGCUUGUUGCCCAGGCUGCAGGCAAGGUCACCGAACGUUCUACGCAAGCUGAAAAGUCUGCAGAGAAGGUGCAGGCUCAAGCUGAGAGAAUCCGCAGCGAUCUGGCAGCACAUUUGAGCAAUGCGCUCAAGGUGCAAAAGACGGAGAUACCUGCUGCAAAACCUCUCGCGCCCAACGACCCGGUUGCCAGAGCUUCUGCAGCUGCAGCGGCCAUCAGUGGUCGUCUCGAAAACAACCGGCCGAGUCGCGCGGGUGCGCCUCUCGACAAUCGUGGCCCCGACGCUGGCGCAUUUCACUCUACCCUGGAGAUCAACGAUUUCCCGCAGAAGGCGCGCUGGGCCGUCACCAACCGCACGAACGUCGCCAAGAUCCUCGAUGCCACGGGCACUUCCAUCACGUCCAAGGGCACAUACUACCCCGCGGACAAAGAGGUUGGCCCCAACGAACCCCCAAAGCUGUACAUCCUGGUGGAAGGCGACACAGAGAUCGCGGUGCAAUCUGCGAUGCGCGAGCUGUCUCGCCACUUGAUGGAGGGUACUGUGCAAGCUCAGGAGGCUGAGGCUCGCGGUGGCACUGUCGGUGGACGCUACAAGGUUGUGUGAUUUUGGCCAUUCGCGCGCAAAUGGCCAUGCUCCUGGCAUGAUGUACCUAAGCGAGACCCUGUAUGUUGGGAGACACCUUGAGAACGUGACCGGCGCCCGGCACGUGAGGAUGAUUACGUAAGGGAUGCGGGUGUAAUACCUGGUACCUUACCUGUAUAUUAGUGCCCACUUCCCUAGUCUACGUAGCAUCCUCUGUCUCUUGACCUCUAAACACUGCAC